AAGAAAAAUUAAAAUAACAAAUAAAAAUAACAAAAACAAGAAAAAUAAAAAGGGGAGCGAAAAGGGAAAAAAAAUCUAUGUUGUCAGCUCAUUGUAGGAAUUUUCCUGGUCAACUUUUUUACAUGGAUUUAACAGCAAAUGUUUUUUUCCUUUUUUUUUUCCAAUGAGUUGCCAUUGAUUGGAUCUAGUCAUAAUAAAAGGCCCCAUAAUUGUCUUUUUCAAUUGUUCACAUUUUAGGAUUUUUCAAUUACUAAUAGAAAAGGGGAAGAUAAAUUCUGGGUUUUGUUUGGUUUUCGAGUUCUGAUUCCAAGUUUCCAUCUUUCAUUAAGUUUUUGAGGAAAAUCGGCUUUUUUUAGCAGAUUUGAAGGGUUCUUUUGAUGGAAAAUUGAGUUGAGUCGGUGACAAAUGUUACAAGUUUGAACUUUUCAUGAUAGAUUUCGGUAGGGUUUUGGGUUGUGUUGUGUUGUGUUGUGUUGGUGGUGAGGGGUUUUGGUUAUUGAUGAAAUGAAAAGGAGUCCAUUUUGUGCUUGUGAUGAUGCUGAUGAUACAAGGCCAAAUGGGUGUCAUAAGAUCAUAUAGUUUGGGGUUUUUGGUAAUUCUGCUUUGUCUAUCAUUGGCUGUCAGCUUAGAUUACAGGAAGGACGGAGAAGAAGCAUAUCUUAACCAGUUAGUAGAUCCAGCAACUGGGAAGAUUGAUGAGAAUCUGGUUGAGUUGUUAUGGAUAACUUGCAGACAGGAUUUGAAUGGUUUAAAGGAAGCUUUUGAAGAUCCCAAGUUACAUCUUCUGGAGGAAAUACCCAGUUCAACCAAUGACAUCAAUACAAAACCCAGUUCAACCAAUGAUAUCAAUACAAAAUGUCGCUCAUUAGCAAAAGAAAACAUUCAGAAAUUGAUUAAUGUUCUCCAUCCCCAGUUAAAGCAAGCUCUUUCUGACUGCAUAAGAAAGAAUAAUCUUCUAUUCCAAGUAUCCGGAGAAGAUAGUGGCUUUAAGAAUUGGUACAAUAGAUAUUUUGAGUCAUUGUUUCGCUGGCCUGACAUCCCUAGAAGGACUUUAGCUACUCAGAGCAUUGCAGUAGCCCCUGCCUUGAACUUAGGCCCAUCCCCAUCUCCAUCACCAUCACCAUCACCUGCUCCAGCCCCUUCUCCUGCUUCUGAAUCUCCUGAUUUUAUUCCAAAUCCAUUGCAAAGUCCAGCAUCUUUACCCUCUCCACUUCCUAGACCUUCUCAACAAGCUGCAUCUCCGAUAAAUGAUCCUUUGGACAAUUUAAGUCCUCCCAACAGAGAUUCAGAAAGCAAAGGGACUGAUAACAGUAAAACAAUUAUUGUUGCUUGUGUUGUGACUGCGGUAGUAACCUCUGUUGUUGCAGCAUUGUUCUUCUUUUUAUGCUGUCGUAGAGAUUCUGAAGCUAAGCAAAAUGAUGAAAGCCCCCUUCUCAGUUUAAGCUUAAGUGACUUCUCUGGUUCUUCUCAUGCAUAUGCUGUUGGAUCUGAUAAAGAAGAGAAGCUCGGUCACCAAUCAUUUGGUAAUGAAUCAAGCCUACAUAAAAAGGCUUCAACCAAUGGCAAUGCUUACAUUGAAGCUAAUGCUCUUCCAAUCUCCUUGGAUGGAAAGUCAUCAUUUGGAGCUGUUGCUGGUGCCACCAAAGCAUCAGCUGAAUCUUCUGAUACAUCAGGCAAAACUAAUUCUCGGCUACCACUGCCUCCAGGAAGGGUGGGUACUUCACCAGCUGGAUUACCUCCUUUGAAGUCUCCUCCUGGCAGAGCAGAUCCUCUCCCUCCUGAACCUCCUGCCCCAAUUAGGGCCAGUCCUCCUCCACCACCUCCUGCACCACCUCCCUCUAUGAAACCUGCUUCUGCCAAUGUAGGCCUCCGACCUCCUGGUCCUCCUCCGCCACCUAUACCUCCUAGUGCCAAAUCUGGUCCUCGCCCACCAGCUCCUUCAAGUACUGGUCUCGUUCCUCCUAGGCCACCUCCAUCAAUGCCCUUAGGUUCAAAGAUGCCUCGACCACCAAGUGUACCACAACGAACACCAAAUGCUAUCACUGGCGAGGGAUCUGGCUCAGGGGAUGAUGCCAAUGCUCCUAAAGCCAAACUUAAGCCAUUUUUCUGGGAUAAAGUUGCAGCCAACCCUGAUCAUUCAAUGGUGUGGAAUCAGAUUAAAUCUGGAUCAUUCCAGUUCAAUGAGGAGAUGAUAGAAACUCUGUUUGGGUAUGCACCUGUUGACAAGAACAAAAAUAAUAGAAAGAAAGAGCCCUCUACACAGGAUCCUGUGCCUCAAUAUAUUCAACUCCUUGACCACAAGAAAUCACAAAAUUUAGCAAUCCUUUUGCGGGCAUUGAAUGUGACCACAGAAGAAGUUUGUGAUGCACUUCGUGAAGGAAAUGAGCUCCCUGUUGAACUCCUUCAAACCUUAUUGAAGAUGGCACCGACGGCAGAUGAAGAACUCAAACUUAGAUUGUUCAGUGGUGAAAUUUCUCAAAUUGGUCCUGCUGAGCGGUUCCUAAAAGUCUUGAUUGACAUCCCUUUUGCUUUUAAACGAAUGGAAGCACUGCUUUUUAUGUGCACUCUUCAUGAGGAGGUUACUUUCACUAGAGAGUCCUUCGCAACCUUAGAGGUUGGUUGCAAGGAACUCAGAAGUAGCCGCCUAUUCCUCAAGCUAUUAGAAGCUGUCCUUAAAACUGGAAAUCGCAUGAAUGAUGGGACAUUCCGUGGUGGUGCACAAGCUUUCAAACUUGACACACUUUUGAAGUUAUCAGAUGUUAAAGGAGUAGAUGGCAAGACAACACUUUUGCACUUUGUUGUCCAAGAAAUAAUACGCACUGAAGGUUUGAGAGCUGCCCGUGUUGCAAGAGAAAGCAAAAGUUUUAACAGCAUAAAAUCCGAUGAUCUUCUUGAGGAUGUUUCCCCUGAUACAGAAGAGCACUACCGUAGCCUUGGUCUUCAGGUGGUUUCACGUUUGAGUAGUGAACUUGAAAAUGUAAAGAAAGCGGCAGCUCUUGAUGCUGAAAGCUUAACAGGAACUGUUGCCAAACUUGGCCAUGCACUGCUAAAAACACGUGAUUUCUUGAACUCAGAGAUGAAAAGUACAGAGGAAGAAAGUGGUUUUCACGAAACAUUAAAGAGUUUUGUGCAGAAUGCAGAGGUUGAUGUCAUGUCGUUGCUCAAGGAAGAGAAGAGAAUAAUGGCUUUGGUGAAGAGCACCGGUGAUUAUUUUCAUGGUAAUGUACAGAAGGAUGAGGGCUUACGAUUGUUUGUCAUUGUACGGGAUUUUUUGAUAAUUUUGGAUAAGGUGUGCAAAGAGGUCAGAGAUGCCCCAUGGAAGCCGGUAAAAGCACAUAACAAACAGGUAUUGAAUGCAUCAUCUUCCUCUGAGUCUCGUUUUGAACAACCUUCUCCUGAUCCUCGUCAGAAGCUUUUUCCUGCAAUUGCUGAGCGAAGGAUGGAAGAUUCUAGUUCUAGUUCAGAUGACGAGAAUUAAUAGUGCUUAUUUGAAGAAGAUGAUGUUACCUUGGCAGUUGAUCAAGAUGUGAAGCCCCAAAGCAUCGGUGCCAAAAUUAUUUAAUUAAAGGAAUACGUAUGAAGUACCAGCAGAAAGGGGUUAAGCGAUUGGCAUUGGCUCUUCAAUUCUAGAUUUCUAUGGAGCUACUAACAUCACAAACUGCAGCUGACCUUCCUUUGGUAUUGGAUUCAUGGUUCUUGUUGAUUACCUUCAUCUUCCCAACUUGUGCAUUAAUAGUUAGAUUACUUAGAUGUAGAGAUGCCUUCAUUUUUUUAAAAAUUUAUAAUUCUUUGUUAAUAAAGUCUCUGUUGAUAAUUUUGAUUUGAGAGAAUAUUUAUCCUGUUAGUGUUGAAAUUAGAAACUGCUUUACUGUCUAUAAAUUUUAAAGGGAAGAAAUUUUGAUAUCGACAAUUCUCGUUCUGAGUACAUAAGAAUUAUUUUGUUUGGUAGGAAGGAUGGAAAGGGACUGAAAUGAAGUAAAAGCUUUUUAUCUUUCCAGUUUUGAUCCUUCCUACCAAACAUAGGGUAAAGGUUUAUUAUAGCUGCAUUUUGCCAGGUAUGGCUGCAAACUAGAUAAGAUCAUGUUAUAUUCCUAUUCAGUGAAGGAAUAACAAACUUGGGUCUCAAAUUUUUCCAAGAUUGAGAGUGGAAGAUCAGCACCAUCAUUAAACAAACAGCAUAAAUCUUGAGUGAGGAAAGGCUUUAAUAUGUGGCUAUAUUCCAAUAUCUGAAGUGGCUGCAGCAUUUCCACAGCUAAAAAUUCAAACAUCUAUGACAGAAGACACCGAUUCUUCUUCAAGGAAAAGUAGGUCCUAACAGAUGCCGAAGCCAGAUGCAUUUGCCGUCAAAAUAUUUAUUGCCACUAAAAAAAGAUGAGAAAAAGCCUGAACAUAAAGAGGUAAAACGGACCUAGACGGCUGACAUCCAAUGAAACUUUAAAAAAUAUUCCUUUCACACACCUUUGCAUCAUUUCAUAGUGUUCUUAACCUGUCUAUUCAUGCAUAUCAAAUUGAUGGAAACCGGAAUAGGAUCAAAUAUAUAUAUAUCGACAAAAUUGAUUAAUAGUGAAACUGAGUUAUGGUACAUACCAAUUUGUAUGGUAUUGUUAAUUACGGUUAGUUUUAUCCUAUAAAAGAUGUUAGGAGUGAAAAUGGUGUAAUACUUACAUGUAUCAAGUCAAACUCUAUGUGCAAAAUACAAGGUUUCCUUUUGGGACCAUGAGAUACUGAGCCUCCUCUAAGGACUCUUUACUUGGACUCCAAGUCUACAGUUUUUUCCACCAUGCCUGACUAUGAUAACUGUUUCUAUACUAUAACCUUGAGAAUUUGGGUGAUUGCACAAUCAUGUUUUUGUGCUUUUCAUCCACGAAAAGAAUAAGGACUAAUGUUCUAAAUCUAACAUAAGAUUCUACUCAAAUUAUUGUCAGAAUAACGGAACAGAAGAACUUGAGUAGACUAGUUUUUUCGAUUAAGGUCUCCUGUCUGUAUUCUUCUGAACAAACUUGGUAGCUGUUAUAUUAUCUAAGGUCUUAAUUUCUCUUUUAGAAAAAUAUGGAAACUAUGAAAAUUAUGCAAUGUUUGUUGUUGAAAUUGAGUGGAGAACAUAACAUCAAGAAUAGAUGGUUUUACAAAUCUUGCCAGAAACCUACUUAAGAUUCUCAGCAAAAGGAUAAUCAUUUUGCCUCAUCUUCUAUACUGAUUUUUCUAUGGUCACCAGAAAGCAUCAAAUUCAUGCCUAGUCUACCAGUCACAGUUCCUUCUCACCGAAGAUCAAACUCCUCAGAAAUGGUGCAUUUCGUUAGCCGAAGACGUAUUCAAGAGGUUUCUCUCCCAGGGUAGUCCAACA